AUGCAUGACUACAUCAAUGUUGAAGACAUCGAGUUGUGGGACGUGAUUCUUGAUGGACCUUACAUUCCCACGACCGAAGUGAAAGAUGGUGAGCUUACUAAGACGAUCAUCAAAACCAUAAAGGAGUACAACGAAACGGACAGGAAGAAGAUAGAGAAGAACUAUAAAGCGAAGAAGAUUCUGGUAUGUGGAAUCGGCUCAGAUGAGUACAUCAAAAUUUCUGCUUGCAAGACAGCCAAUGAGAUAUCAGACUGUCUCCAAACAACCCAUGAGGGAACAACACAAGUGACAAAGUCUAAGGUCGAUAUGUUGAUGACUCAAUACAAAAAUUUCUGUAUGAAGGAAGGUGAAACCAUUCACAAGAUGAACUCAAGAUUCACCUCCAUAAUCAACGAACUGAGAUGUCUUGGUGAACCUAUUCCACCAAGAAAACAAGUUCAAAAGAUUCUCAAAGUUCUUCCCAAGUCAUGUGAGAGCAAAGUAAAUGUUAUAACUGAAGCAAAAGAGCUGAAGAUACUCGCCAUAGAUGAACUGAUUGGAAAUCUCCAAACCUAUGCGCUGAACAAACAACAGGGGUCAAACAUGAAAGAGGGAAAGAAGGAGAAAUCAAUGGCAUUGAAAACAUCAUCAAAUGAUGGGACUGUGGAGGAGGAUGAAAUGACAUACAUUACUAGAAGGUUCCAGAAGAUUAUCAAGAAGCACAGAGGCUUUCAAAAGAAGGGUUCGACCAGCAGGGUAGAAAAUGCAAAUGAUCUUUGUCAUAAAUGUGGUAAGCCUGGUCACUUUAUGAGGGACUGUCCUAGUCAGAAGCAGGAAACUAAGGACUUCAGACCUCGAAGAAGGGACCAGGUCCUAGACCAUGCCAAGAGAAAGGCUCAUGCUAAUCAACUAGUGAAGAAAGCCUUGGAAGUAUGGGGAAAAACAUCUAGCGAAUCCGAGGAAGAGGCAGAUAGUCAUGAAGAUAUCUUUAUGAUGGCUGUCGAAGAUGAUGGAACUGUGUUCAAUUCCAUUUUUUCACUAAUGGAAAAAUCUAGUGAUGAAGAGGAUCUGAAUGAGGUAACCCUUUUCGAUCUAAAAAAUGACCUAGACACUCUUCCCAUUAAAAGAUUGAGAAAACUUGCUGAUGUACAAAUUCACUCAGUUGAUGAAUUAACUUCUAAAAAUUUGAUGAUAAGUGAAAAACUAAGUUUGUGCGAGGAUGAAAACUCAGGUCUUAACUCUCAGAUGUCUAAAAUGAGUGUUAGGAGAGGUAUCCUAGAGUCUGGUAGUCUGCAACCCAACGAGGAACCUAGUACCUCUGAGGGUGGGAAGCGAAAACUCUGUAACUUUGAGGUUGAGCUAGAUGAGAAACGUAAGACCUCAGAGUCUAAGGUAUUUGCCUCCUUUGAAAGGAACUCUCAUCUAGUGAAGGAUCUUUCAAAUCAUAAGUUCAACAUCAAAAAGGGGUUAGGUUGUAGACAGAUAGAUCCUCCCUACAAUCCCAAUAGUAAAUAUGUGUCUGUCUCUGACAAUCUUUUGUGUACCCAUUGUGGAAGAAAUGGUCAUCUGAAAGAAAAAUGUGAGGUUCUGAGAGGAGUAAACGAAAGGCAGGAGAAGUUCCUUCAAUCGAAAAAGGUCCUUGUAAAAAGGAAAAAGGAUGAUCUUGGUAAGUUUGAUGCCAGGAGUGAUGAAGGGGUGUUCGUCGGGUACUCUUCUACCAGCAAGGCAUAUAAAACUUUUAACAAAAGAACUCUAUGUGUUAAAGAAAGCAUGCAUGUGAUAUUUGAUGAGUCUAAUGAUAAGAGCAACGAUGAACACAAAGAAGACCCUGAAUUGGAGGAACUGAUCAAGGGAAAACAGGACAAGGCAAUCCAAAAUCUUGGAAGCAAACACGUUGCAUGGGAAAAUGGUGUAGAACUCACAGAAGAACCGGAAUGUGAAGAAGAUGAAUAUGUUGUUGAUGUUGAAGAAGAGAUAACUAGAAAGUCUAGAUGGAAACAUCAAUCUUCACAUUCACUGGACAAUCAAAAUUCAUUGGCUAAUAGGCCAUUUCAUGUCAGAAAACCAUUGGUUAGCUCAUUGAUGAGAAGUGUUAAAAGAAGGCUUGAUAAGAGUUCUGAAAAAGUAAGUCGCCGGAGAAAAUCAAUUCGUGUACAUCGUGUAACUGAUAAGCAAACAAAAGAUCAAUCUGUUGCAUCAAACAAGAAAGUUCUUGAUCCUCAGGGGAGAUUUCUUCAGCAAUGGAACAAAGUAUUUAUAUGGGCUUAUAUAUUUUCGGUGUCACUUGAUCCGUUGUUUUUAUACACUCCUGUUAUUGAUAACAAAAGUAAGUGCCUAGAUUUGGACAACACGUUAAAGAUCACUGCUUGCGUUCUACGUUCUAUCACUGAUCUUUUCUAUGCCUUUCACAUAAUCUUGAACUUUCGUACUGGCUUCAUUGUUCCUUCUUCUCGAGUUUAUGGAAGGGGUGAGUUGGUUGAAGAUUCCUCAGCUAUAGCCAAGCGAUAUUUGUUAUCUUAUUUCAUCGUUGACGUUGUAGCAGUCCUUCCACUCCCACAGAUUGUGAUAUUGAUUAUCGCUCCCAACAUGAACGGCCCCAUUUCUCUGGCGACGACAGAUAUGUUGACGAUUGUAGUUUCUGCUCAAAAUGUUCCAAGAUUUUUUAGAAUUAUUCCAUUGUACAAAGAGGUAGAAAGGACUACAGGCUUCUUUAGUGGAAGUACAUGGAGUGGAGGUGUUUUUUACCUUUUCCUCUUCAUGUGGUUCAGUAAUGUAACUGGAGCCUUUUGGUAAUUGUUCUCAAUAAAACGCCAAUAUAUAUGCUGGCGCAAUGCGUGUGACAAGAUCCCCAACUGUUUGUCAGACUACUUACAUUGUGGAGGAAAAAUGAAUGGAAAUGCUUUAUUACUGAACUCUUCUUGCCCUCUCCUAAAACAAGAAGAUAUAAAAGAUCCAAAUGACUUUGAUUUUGGAAUUGCACUUGAUGCUCUUCAGUUUAAGGUUGUGGAAAAAGGAAAAUUACGGACCAAACUCUUGUUUUGCUUUUUGUGGGGGCUGAGAAACUUAAGUUCUCUUGGCCAAAACCUUAAGACAAGCACCUUCGAUGGAGAUAUUAUCUUCACCAUCUUCAUCUCAAUUAUGGGGCUUAUCUUGUUUUCCUUGAUUAUUGCCAAUCUGCAGAAAUUAUUUCAAUUUGACCUGAUUAGAGUAGAAGAAAUGAGAGUGAGAAGGGGGGAUGUAGAACAGUGGAUGUCUCAUCGCAUGCUUCCCAACAAUCUGAGAGAGAGAAUUAGAAGACAUGAACAAUACAAAUGGCAAGAAACAAAGGGAGUUGAGGAAGAUUCACUCAUUCAAAAUCUUCCUAGAGACUUGAGGAGAGAUUUAAAGCGCCAUCUCUGUUGGUCUUUGCUAAAAAAAGUUCCCAUAUUUGAGAAAAUGGACAAACAAUUACUGGACACAUUGUGUGACAGACUGAAACCAGCACUCUUCACAGAUAAGAGCUUCAUAAUCCGAGAAGGCGAUCCAGUAGAAGAAAUGCACUUUCUAAUGAGAGGUACACUGUUAACUCUGACCACAAAUGGUGGAAGGACUGGUUUUUUCAACUCUGUUCAUCUCAAGGCUGGCGACUUCUGUGGUGAUGAGCUUUUGACAUGGGCUUUAGAUCCUCAUACUUCCUCCAGUAGUCUUCCAAUUUCAACUAGAACAGUGCAGGCUGUAACUGAUAUAGAAGCUUUUGCCCUCACUGCUGAUGACCUCAAGUUUGUCGCCUCGCAAUUUAGACGUGUGCAUAGCAAGCAACUUCAGCAUACUUUCAAGUUAUUCUCACAACAAUGGAGGACAUGGGCUGCAUGCUUUAUACAAGUAGCAUGGCGUCAACACUGCAGGAAUAAGCUCGAGAAAUCCUUAAGAGAGGAAGAAAAUAAACUGCAGGCUACAUUAGCUAAACAGAGCACAAAUGCACCAAGUCUUGGUGCUGCCAUAUAUGCAUCAAGGUUUGCAGGUAAUGUUCGGUGCGCCUUGCGACGCAACCAUACAACUGGUACCGAAUCAUCUCCCACAUUACCUCGACUGCUUCAUAAACCAGCUGAACCAGAUUUUAGUGAGAAAAAAUGA